UAUUCAUUAUACAAAUGCCCUGCUUCUAUCCCCAAGCCCAAUCAAUUGAUCCUAUUACGCGGUUGGUAGCAUCAAUUUAUUACCCGCGAGACGGAGGAGGGGAAAUGGUGGAGGAACCUGGCUAGGUAGACGGGACAGAAGAUGCCACAUGUCCAAUAUGGCGCUGAGCAAACGAGGCCGCCUCGGAUUAAGGCGCUCACGAUGCCGACACAAAGAUCAGCUCUUCUGCUUUAUUACAUGCAGCACGGAACAUGCUCUUGAAUGCUAUCACGGCGAAUUUUUCUUCCUCCUUCAACCUCUUUGUUUUCCCUGCACUUUUCUUCUCCCCAACGCUAUGGAGAGCCUAAAAUUUUUAGCACAUCGAUCGAUUUCUAAUGCACACAAGAGGUGCCCCAUUAAUGUGACAAGCCGCUAAGUUUGCCGCUAUUAUUACGGAGUUGCACCAGAGAGUGGUAUACAGAGGCACCGCUAAGGCACUAGCCCGCGCAGAUGUGCCGAGAAUAUUUCGGGAACAGCUAUUCAACUACUGAAAUAGCCCAUCUUUCCAGCGUUUGCAAUUUCGUUCCAAAUCGAGGAAACCAUCGUAGCAUUGCUUUAUAUAUCAGCACUCCGAGUUCAAUUUAUUGACUUAGUAUCUGGUAUAUACAUGUACUACUAAGGUAGCCAAUGACCUUUUACCUACUAGGAAGCUGGGUAAUCUUGUAUAACAAACAAAGUCUGC